GCCUUUCAAAUUCACAUGUACAUCUAUGCUGCGGGCUGAAGCUACAUAGGCCAUGAGCAACAACGACCCUCGUCCAGGAACUGCCUUGUCCGAAUGGUGAUGGCGGUGGCCACUGGCACGCUCUGACGAGUUUAGCCAAGGUUCCAGCAGGUGCCGUUUGCCGGAUCGACCCCGCCUCUUCAUACUGUUUAACCAGAUUUAUCCCUCGUCUCCUCACAGCCCAGCCAUGCGUGCCUCGUAAUUAUCGCGCCAAACAGCGUCCAUGUCGUUCUCAGACUUUGCUCUCGGGCGGUGCACAAGCAAAGUUAUCGCAUGGGCUGUCAUGGCGUCUGCAUCUCAUGGCGGCAAUAUUGCGGAGUGUCAAUGCUCCCCAUCAUCUUCGGUGAGCUUGCCAUGAUGAUCACUUCUAUCAGGCUAUUUGCAUUCACAAGGACUACAUAAGGAGAUGAGUCUCUCGGUGUGCAGGAUGCGAUAUUCCAACCAGUCAAGCGAUCAACAUGAUGGGUCAAUUGUCUCUUUCGCUGCUGGCAACGUACGCUGGACUUGUCUCAUGCUUCUCCCAGCCGAGCCCCCAACAUGGCACAGAGAACUAUCACUGGGUCAACACAUGGGUUUCAAUGCCCCAGGUGGCCGAGUAUACGAAUCUCCCUGGACCUGGCUACUAUAACCAGUCCAAUCUCGUGUUCCCAAACACCACUCUACGGCAGACUGUCCACACGUCAAUCGGUGGACAGCAGAUCAGACUCCGCAUCAGCAACCAGCUGGGAGCUGUCAAUUUACCCAUUACUGCCGUCACAGUCGCUCUCCCGCUUCAAGACCCAAAUGCCGUUCAAACCACGCUCAACGGCACCAUCCUCGGCGCACCGUAUCCCUCAGGCACCGGCUCCCAGAUCAUUGACACCAAGACGAUCCGACAAGUCACCUUCAGCGGCAACAGCUCAAUCAUCAUCCCCGAUGGCUCCGUCGCCGUCUCGGAUCCCAUCGAAUUCCCCAUCGCGGCUCAAUCCGAGCUCGCCAUCUCGAUUUACCUGCAAGAUGGCCAGAACACCUCUGUCAUUACCUCGCAUCCCGGCUCUCGUACAAACUCUUACUAUGGCAUGGGCAACCAAGUGAACAACUACAACAUCACAGGGGACAAUGUCGUCACGCAACAGCACUGGUUCUUCAUCUCCGGACUCGAAGUCUGGAGUCCGCCAUCAACCAACGCCUUCUUCGUCAUUGGCGACUCCAUCACUGAUGGGCGUGGAUCAUGGAACAACGGCAACAACAAAUGGACCGACAACCUUGUUGCAAGGAUGCAAAACAACAAAGCUACCAAGGGCAUUGCUGUCUGCAAUCAAGGUGCCGGAGGUAAUCGUGUCCUUGCCGACGGCAAUGGACCCAACGCUGUGGGCAGAGUCGAGAGAGAUGUCAUUGCACAGAGUGGAGCCAAGUACGCGAUGAUCUUUGAGGGCGUCAACGAUAUCGGUACUGCUGCGCUCGAUGCCGCUAGCCAAGAAGCAGUCUAUCAGCGACUCAUCCAGGCGUACAAGCAGAUGGUGACCAGAAUGCACAACUUCGGCAUCCCUGUCUUUGCAGCAACCAUCACACCAAUCGGCGCAUCGAACGCGACAGCGGGCACGUACACUCAACCCCAGCGAGUCGCCACAGUCGAGCGUGUCAACAACUUCAUUCGCACGUCCAACACCUUCGACGCAGUCUUCGACUUCAACGCAUGGCUUGCCGAUCCAGCUGCUCCGACACAUUUGAAUCCAAAGUACGACAGCGGAGACUUCUUGCACCCGAACGAGCUUGGGUACCAGGUUCUUGCUAACAACUUCGACUUGGGUGUCUUUGAGAAGUUCAAGGGUGGGGUGUGUACGUAUAUGUAAACUGUUUAUCACAGGGUAACUCUAUAUGCUUUUUGAAGCAACGCAAUCAAUGCUCAUUAUCCAUGUCAAGCCCUAGCUGCUGUCUGCUUAU